AUUCCAAACCGGAACGUUGUCCAGCCCCACAGAAAAGGAAUCGUUGCGCCGUCAGUGCCUCCCUCUAAAUCCACGCUCAACAACCCUAUCUGCUUCCUCCCGCCUUCCUUCCCACAGAUACAGAGAGUCAGAGCGAGAUGAUGGAUGGCAUUGAGCAAUGCGUCGCCGGCUUCCCCGAUCUCUACAACGUUUGGUUCUACGGCCGCCGCAUCGAAACCCUAGUCACCUACGAAUCAAGCCGGGUCAUCGAAUGGAUCGACGAGACCGAGUUCAUCCACCGCCGCCGCCUCCACCACCUAGUCGUCGGCCUCGACGUCGAGUGGCGUCCGAUUCGCUACCGCGGAGAGAGCAAUCCGGUGGCGACGCUCCAACUCUGCGUCGGCCACCGAUGCCUCAUCUUCCAGCUUCUCUACUGCAGCCAGAUCCCGGACGCGCUCCAACGCUUUCUCUCCGACUCCAACUACACCUUCGUCGGCGUCGGAAUCCACACCGACUUGGAGCUUCUCGUGCAGGAUUACGAACUGGAGGUGGCCAACGCCGUCGACUUGCGGACCAUAGCGGCGAACGAGUUCAACGAUCGGUCUCUGGAGAGAGUCGGAUUGAAGCAUCUGGCGGUGACCUACAUGGGAGCGGAAAUGGAUAAGCCCAGGCGGGUCACCCUGAGCGAUUGGGCUCGCGAUUCUCUCACCCUGGAGCAGAUCCAGUACGCCUGCAUCGAUGCUUAUGUGAGUUUUGAGAUUGGCAGGAUUGUGAAUGCUUCUGUCCAUGAUUAGUAAUUUUUUUCCGUUGCGAUUUCUCUGCUGGAAAUUCGAAUGCUCAUAUGACUCUUUGUUUCUAUAAUGCUUUUGAUUUGUGGCUUUUUCCUAAUCUCUCUGUCUUGCCGGACGGAGAAAGCCCGGCGCCGGAGAGACUGGUGUCUCACGGUGUCACUGACUGGUUUGGACUGAGUCCAUGGUCCGAGCGGAGGGCAGAAGACCCUACGGUUCCUGGUCGAUUCUCUACCAGUUUUGGUUCCUAGCUUCCUAUUCUCACUCUAUUUAUUCAUUUACUUUAAAAAAAAUUCUUACAUACAUU